CUCUUCUCCUUCAAUCUUCGUCUUCUUAUGUGUUUGUUCGUUCCACACUUACCUACCCUGAUUCAACGCGUCACUCAGCUCCCCAGCCCUGAGGUUCAAGCUUGGUACUGCAUCGGCAGGCUUAAGCCACUUCCGCCCCUUCCGUUCCAGCCGAUUGUUUGAACGCUUGAACGCUUGAACCCUGCGAAGGUGUACGUACUGUACUAAUUUCCAGUACUUGAACUACUCAUCAUUAAACCGGUCGCAAGCUGUUAUUCCUCGUAGAGAGCGAACCACAGUUUCGCACAAGGCCUCAUACGGCGCAUCAAUCGCGGCGCAAGUCUUUGGGACAUACCUGACCAUGUGGAUCAUCUCAUUUUGGGUCUUCCCGGUCAUUUCAGCAUGCACCUGGGUUGCCAUGCUAAUUGCCAUGCUGGCAACAUGGGCUCGAGAAGGGAGCCCUAUAUACGCCAGUAUGGAAACCGGUCAAACAAUCGCCUAUAUCUCCGACGUUGGUGCUCAGGGCCUCAAGCCCCUUUUCAUUGCAGGGAGCUGCGUGACUGUCGCCUUCCUCGACCUCUCCUUUCUCUCCGAACGAUGGCUUCGUCAUGCAGGGCAGCUGGUACCCAACAAGGGUCUGUUCGAUAAAGGCUGUGCGAUCGCCUCCAUCUGCUUCUCGAUCGCCGGUGCGUUGGGUUUGAUUCUGCUAUCAAUUUUCGAUACGUUGCGGCAUCCGCAUAUGCAUGAUGGGUUUCUGGUGAUGUUCUUGGUGGGCUACCUCAUCAGCGCAAUCCUCAUCUGCUGCGAGUACUGGCGGCUAGGGAUUUUCUACCGCUCGCAGCAUCGUGUCCUCCUGGCCAGUUUCAUCAUCAAGCUCGCCUUCGUCGUCAUCGAGAUUGCGCUGGCCAUUGCGUUCGGCGUCCUGGGAAACAAGGGCGGGCAUUAUCGCAAUGCCGCUGCGGUCUUGGAAUGGGUGAUCGCUUUGAUUUUUACGUUCUAUGUCCUGUCCUUUGUGGUUGACUUGUUGCCCUCGGUUCGCACCCGAAAACAUGUGCCGCAGGGCGAGAAGCGCAUCGAAAUGAGCCGGAACGGACACGCCCAUGUCAGCAACAGCAUCGACGAAGGGACUGAAGAGGUGCCCGUCACUACCGACUCGGCCGGUCCCAAUGCGAACUACUAUCGCGGUCAACGGAUUUAAUCGCUCGAUUUCUUCUACCUUGGAGAGUUCGAUGACCUUCAGUGCACAUAUAUAUACACACACAUGUGAGAUGAGACCAUAAUAUCAUGAUACCCUGCGAGAUUUGUUUUGGAUGGAAUUCCUUAGUUAUACUUCUUGACCCCGAUUAUUCUGCGUUUUCUCGUGUAUGGUGUGAUCAUCUUGGAUGUCACUUCUGCCUAAUCUUUGCAUCUAGAACACAUGACGGACUUACCAGUUCUUAUUCAAUAUCAAGAUUAUCAUUGCC